CCCCACCGCGGAUAUAAGGCAGCCCAGGAGGUGGCUGCUCCGAGCCCCGACGCCGCUGCCCACCCGCCCGCAGCCCCAUGGCCCGGCCCGCGACACUGGCGGCCGCCGCCCUGGCGCUGUGCCUGCUGCUGGCGCCGCCCGGCCUCGCGUGGUACAAGUCGGCGGCGGGGCGCAACUCCUACUCCGUGGGCCGCGCGGCGGGGCUGCUGUCCGGCUUCCGCAGGUCCCCGUACGCGCGGCGCUCCCAGCUCCACAGCGGGGCGCAACCCCCGGGCCCGGCCGGCGCCUCCCUCGAGCUGCACCCCAGGCUGCGGAGUCUCGCCUUGUGCGUCCAGGACGUGGCCCCGAACCUGCAGAGGUGCGAGCGGCUCCCCGACGGCCUCGGGACCUUCCAGUGCAAGGCGGACGUCUUCCUGUCCCUGCGCACAGCCGACUGCCGCGCCGCCUGAGCCUGGACCCCAGACCCGGACCUCGCCUGGCACCGCUAGGAACCCCGCCCCCACCGUCCCACUGGGAGACUGCGGACCCCGCGGGAUGGCGCUCCAGCUCUCCCCUACCCCACCCACCCUGCAGUUAAUGGUAAAUAAAUAAAUAAGGCGACCUCGG